AUGAAAUCCGCUAUCAUAUCAAAAGUUGAAGUUCAUGAGAUUUCACAGAAACAAAUACAGGUUACAAAUGGUACUGAAGUACAGCAAAUACCUUUAAAUAAUUGCGUUAUUGAAGAAAAUAAGAACGCAGUGAUUGAUGCUAUGAUACUUCAAGAAAAUAAUAAUGAUAGGAAAAAACUUCGUAAUGGGAAAUAUAUUAAUAUAGAAUCCAUAUCUGGUUUAAAUAAAAUUAAUGAAGAUAUUAAAUAUGGAAUAUCACAAAGAAAUCAAUCAAAAAAAUCUGUCAAAAGAAAAGGCAAUAGAGUUGAAGAGUUGGAGGCCAAAUCUCCUAUGUUAGUACAAACAGAAGAAGUGAUAUAUGAUAUCACACCUGAUUUGACAUUAAAACAAGAGCAAUUAGAUUUAAGUGAUGAAUCUGAAAGUAAUAUUGUUAAAAAAACUAAAACUGAAAGUAACGAUAUGAUAGAUACAGAAGAAUCAAAAAUAUUGUACCAGAAAUCAGUUAAUGUUCAUCAGAAAUGUGAAUAUUGUUGUCAAAAAUUAGCAAGUAUAGAUAUAAAAUUAUAUCCAGGUCAUCCAAAUGGUGCAGUAGAAGAGAUGAUUGCAUUAACAGAUCCUAGAUUGUCUUUAUUUACUGGGGAAGAAGUAAUGGUUCAUGAAAGUGAUGAAAGACCACAAAAUAAAAUAACUCAUUUUUGUGUAUACGAUAAGAAUGGGCAUUUAUGUCCUUUUGAUACUGGCUUGGUUGAAAAGAAUGUGGUACUUUAUUUUUCUGGUUAUAUGAAACCUAUUUAUGAAGAAAAUUCAUGCCCAGAAGGAGGUGUGCCUACAAAAGAUAUGGGACCAAUAAAUGAAUGGUGGGUGUCAGGAUUUGAUGGUGGUGAAUUAGCACUUGUAGGAUUCACAACAGCAUUUGCGGAAUAUAUAUUGAUGGAACCAGCUGAAACAUAUGCAUCAUUUAUGGAUUCCGUGAAAGAAAAAAUUUAUAUGAGCAAGAUAGUUAUAGAAUUUUUACUAGAUGAGGUUAAUCCUACAUAUGAAGAUUUAUUAAAUAAGUUACAAACUAUAGUUCCACCAAAAGGAUUGUCUAGAUUUACAGAAGAUUCUUUAUUACGGUAUGCACAAUUUGUCUGUGACCAAGUUAUCUCAUUUGAUACAUCAGCAGGGCCAGAAGAUCCUUUAUUAAUUACAAGUCCAUGUAUGCGAGCAUUAGUGACUCUCGCUGGUGUAACAUUAAACAAAAGAAUUGCGUUACGUCGAACGCAAUCUAAAGAUCAGAAGAAUAAAAAAAUCACUUGGACAAAAGCUACAACUACAAAAUUAGUUAAUAAUAUGUUUGAAACAUUUUUCUCUGAUCAAAUUGCUACAAAUAACGACAAAGAAAUAUCGGGACCUAAGAGACAUAGAUGUGGAGUAUGUGAAACUUGUCAACAGCCAGAUUGUGGAGUCUGUACAGCUUGUAAAGAUAUGAUUAAAUUCGGUGGAUCUGGAAGAAGUAAACAAGCUUGCAACAGAAGAAGAUGCCCAAAUAUGGCUAUACAGGAAGCUGAUGAUUCAGAUCAAGAAGAUGAUGAUUUUAAUGACACAUUAAUAGAGAAUACAAAAAUAACUCAAAAAAUGAUCUUAAAAGAAUUUAAACAUGUAGAAAAAGAAAUUACAUGGGUAGGAGAACCAGUUAUAGAUGAUGGACGAAGAACAUUUUAUAGUUCUGUAAUAGUAGUUGAUGAAGAAAUAAAAGCAAAUGAUUAUGUCUUGAUUGAAUCAAACGAUCCUACUGUACCAUUACAAAUAGCUAAAGUUAUUUAUAUGUGGGAAGAUAAAAGUGGUGCAAAACUAUGUCAUGCUAACUGGUUUAGAAGAGGUAGUGACACUGUACUUGGUGAAACAUCAGACCCUUUAGAAUUGUUCUUGCUUGACGAAUGUGACAAUGUUCCAUUCACUUCUAUUAAAUCUAAGGCCACUGUUAUUUAUAAAACUAGUUCAAAAAAUUGGGCUGAAUUAGGAAAUGCAGAUGUAUUACCAGAAGAUAAAAUACAAAAUAAAGAUGGAAAAACAUUUUUUUAUCAAAAGAAGUAUACUCCAGAAACUGCUCGUUUUGAGGAUCCUUCUCCGGAUCCUGAAUGUCCGCGAAAAGAAAUUAGUCAUCGAUUUUGUCCUGCCUGUGUACGUUUCACUACAUUACAAUGUUAUUAUACACCAAAAGUUUUUGACCGAGAUGAAGAGAAAAGCAGUAAACAAGUGAUAUAUAAUAUGGUAAAAUAUAAGGAUGAGGAAUUUAGAGUUGGGUCAGCUAUAUUUUUAGUACCAGGAGCUAUGAAGUAUAAAUAUACAUCUACAUAUCACAUUUCUUCGAAAAUAAAGAAAGGGAAAGUAGAUGAAGACAUGUAUCCCGAAUAUUAUCGAAAAUCAUCGGACCAUGUGAAAGGGUCAAAUUAUGAUACACCGGAACCAUUUCAUAUUGGAUAUAUAAAUUCAAUCUAUGCAACAACUAAUAACAAAUUAGUUGCAUCAUCUGAUGUAUGGAUUAAAAUAAAUAAAAUGUAUCGACCAGAAAAUACACAUAAAGGUCUUACAUUAAUGCAACAAGUUGAUCUUAAUAUGGUAUACUGGAGUGAUGAAGUUUGUGAUGUUAAAUUUUCGGACGUAGCUGGAAAGUGUUAUUUGGUAUAUUCAGAAAAUUUAGAUCAAUCUGUAGAGGAAUGGACUGCUGCUGGUCCAAAUCGUUUUUACUUUUCUCAAGCAUAUAAUGCUGUAGAAAAGACAUUCAAUGACCCACCAUAUCAUGCUAUGAAUAUUGGAAAGUUUGGAAUUGGAAAAGGGAAAGGAAAAGCAAAGUGCAAAAGUAAAAAAUUAGGGAUUAAUGAUAAGAAAGUAAUCGAUAAGCCUAUAGAUUAUUGCAAAGUGUUAAAAAAAUUGAAAACACUAGAUGUUUUUGCUGGUUGUGGUGGAUUAUCUGAAGGAUUACGACAAGCUGGCAUUGCAGAUAAUCUGUGGGCAAUUGAAAAAGAGGAAACAGCUGCAUGUGCAUAUCGCCUCAAUAAUCCUAAUACAACAGUAUUUUGUGAAGAUUGCAAUGUACUUUUACGAAAAGUUAUGAAUGGCGAUCUUUGUGAUAAUAGUGGACAACGUUUACCUCAAAAAGGAGAAGUGGAGUUAUUAUGCGGAGGUCCACCAUGCCAAGGUUUCAGUGGCAUGAAUCGUUUUAAUUCACGGCAAUAUUCAUUAUUUAAGAAUUCCUUAGUAGUAUCAUGUUUAUCAUACUGUGAUUAUUAUAGACCAAAAUUCUUUAUCAUGGAAAACGUUAGGAACUUCGUAUCUUUUAAAAGAAGUAUGGUACUCAAACUAACGUUAAGGUGUCUUGUACGAAUGGGUUACCAAUGUACAUUUGGUAUUCUGCAAGCUGGAAACUACGGUAUUCCACAAACAAGAAGAAGGUUAAUAAUAUUAGCUGCUGCACCUGGAGAAGUUCUUCCAAAAUACCCUGAACCAACUCAUGUAUUUAGCAAACGGGCUUGUCAAUUAAGCGUUCUUGUUGAUAAUAAGAAAUAUUCAUCAAACUGUGAUUGGGUCGAAUCAGCACCAUAUAGAACAAUUAGUGUUCGCGAUGCGAUGUCAGAUUUACCUAAUAUUCGAAAUGGUUGGAAUAAAGAAGAAAUAGCUUAUAACGAUGAACCAAUAUCUCAUUUUCAAAGAAAAGUAAGACCUAAAGAACCUGAUGCAAUAUUACGAGACCAUGUUUGCAAAGAUAUGGCUCCACUAGUUGAAGCACGAAUUGCACAUAUUCCGACUGCGAGUGGGUCUGAUUGGCGGGAUUUACCAAAUAUUGCAGUGCGUUUGAGUGAUGGAACAUACUCAAAAAAAUUAGAAUAUAUUUAUCAUGACAAAAAGGCAGGUGUAAGUUCCACUGGAGCACUUCGUGGUGUAUGUAGUUGUUGUGCAGGUAGAAUGUGUGAUCCAAUGGCUAGACAAUAUAAUACUUUAAUCCCGUGGUGUUUACCUCAUACUGGAAGACGUCAUAAUCAUUGGGCAGGUUUAUAUGGUAGAUUAGAAUGGGAUGGAUUUUUUGGUACUACUAUCACUAAUCCUGAACCUAUGGGUAAACAGGGUCGUGUUCUACAUCCAGAACAAACAAGAGUUGUCAGCGUAAGGGAAUGUGCUAGAUCACAAGGGUUCCCGGAUUCUUUUCGCUUUUAUGGAAACAUACUUGAUAAACAUCGUCAAAUUGGUAACGCAGUUCCGCCACCAUUAGGUGCUGCUUUGGGGCUUGAAAUUAGGAAAUGUUUAAAAAGUGAUGAUAUUGAUCGACUAGAAAAGAAAACAGAAAAUUUCCACGAUUAA